CAAUGACAGAUAACUACUCGGUGUGGGAAGAUUGAUGUUAAGUUUUUUUGUUUUGCACAAACUGAUGCACAAAUUUCAAGACCACGGGAAAUAGUUAUAGUUAUUACUAGUCUAAUUAACAAAUAAAUACUUUUAAAUAGUGUUCAAAAAUAAAUAAAAUCGAUUGCUUUGCGUGAAGAAAUAGUGCAACAAGUUGUUGGUCAUUACAUACAUAGGGAAUUAUUUCCAAUAGAACAAUCUAAAACGUUGUUAUUUGUUAUCAAUCACAUGUAUUAUUGUGCAUUGCUUCGGAAAGCAGUUCAACUAAACAAAACAUAUUUAUUUUUUUGUCAUUUGUAGUGGGCUAUUACGACGAUCUUGAGGACUACGAAUUGGAAACAAUGGAUUUCUGGGAUAUUUUUAUUGGUUUCCUCUUCAUGUUCAUUAUCUUUAGCUGUUGCGGAUAUUGCUGUACGAAAAAACGACGAGGUGCUGUGUUAUCUGCACCUAUAGUGGUGACCUCUGCCACGCAUACAGCACCCGGAGGCUAUCCAGUGCCUCAAAUGCCAGUGGGUGGCACUACGACAACAACAGCGUAUCAAACACAAGUCUAUGCAACACCUUAUCCGCCUCAGGGACCUCCCACUCAAAUGCCCAUGCCAAUGCCCGCCGGUCAACCAGCUCAAAUGCCUAUGCCCAUGCCAAUGCCAGCGGGUCAAACUGCAGGAGCCCAACCCUACAUGGCACCUUAUCCAUCUAUGCCCGCCGCUGCUAAUAUGAAUCCUCCGUCAUACGAGAUGGCAGUAGGCGGUGCUGGCUCGGGUGCAGCCACUAAUGCCACUUACGAAAAGCAGUCACCAUACAACCCUAACUAUUCCGGACAAUAAACCCAAAGAAUGUUUCGCUGUCAAACCCCACAAAAAUAAAAAGGAAAUUGUUUAAGAAAAAAAAUCUUCAAAGACUUAAGAACUUGGAAACAAUAAAGAAAAAGGGCAUAAUACAUCAGGGAGAAAUACUGAGUUUGUAUAUAUGUCUUCAGAUAUUUCUCUCAUCCGGUAUUGGAUCUCUUUUGGUCCGAAAUGUCCAGAAACUAAAAUCAGGUCCACAUGGAGAUAUUCUCAUCCUAACUGUGUACAUCUACUAUAUUUACACAAUCCAUGAGUAUGUUUCAACGAAAAUACUUCAUAAAGUAUUACUAAAAAAACUUAACUUAUAUAUGUAUGUAUAUAUGUAUUUUUUUAAGAAAAACAAAAAUAACAGCCGUUUAAUAGCUUUCAUUGUAUUGUGAUACAACUCCCUAUAAUGUACAGCGAAGUCAAAGAAAAUUACUAAAUUCCUUUGCUUCAAAAAGUCCCCUCUAGUAGGCAAUAAAAAAACUCUAUCCACUUGUAUACAAACCCACGCACACAUACAUUGUAGUUGUUCAUACCUUAUUAUAUUUACGAACUAAGGUAUUGUUUUUUUUUAUAUAAGAUAUGUAUUUAGAAAUAAAAUUCAUUGAAUUUUUUUUAAAUGUUUUCCAUGUUGCUUGAAUUAAAAACAAAUUCGAAUAAAAUAUAAGUUUAGAUAUGAAA